AUGACAUUAUUUACCAGCAGCAACAAUCAAGUAUUAGCCAAUAAUAAUAAUAUUAAACUUGCUGGCUCACCAAAGCACGUCUAUCAAGUUGGAGAACCUGAAUUUUGGUUCCAUCAACGUAUCGAUCACUUUAAUGCAUUGAACACUGAUACUUUCCCACAACGUUAUUACAAGUUUGUUCCGGAGGGAGUUUCAGCAUCAUCACCUAAUCACUUGUUGUACAUUUGUCCUGAGGCUACUUGUGGAGGAACACCAAAUAAUUAUGUGAAAAAUUAUGCUAUGGAAUUGAAGGCUACAAUUUAUACUUUGGAACAUCGUUUUUAUGGUAAAUCAGUUCCUUACAAAUCAAUGAAGACUGUUAAUAUGGCCAAUUAUUUAAAGACAGAAAUGGCAUUGGCUGACUUGUCAGUCUUUAUUGAAUAUAUUGCAACAUUGCCAUCAGAUAAUAAUACUCCUCAUCAAUUUAUUAUUGUUGGAUGUAGUUAUCCAGGUGCAUUGAGUGCAUUCUUCUCUAUGAAAUAUCCACAUCUUGUCAAGGGUGCCUUGUCAUCAUCUGGUGUUGUCAACUCUAUUUUGGACUUUUAUACUUUUGAUAUGCAUGUUCAACAAGCUGCUGGUCCUGAAUGUACUGCUCUCUUGACUCGUGCUACUUCUAUUAUGGAAAAGAUGAAUCCAACCAAUUUGUUGAGAGAUUUCCAAGCUCCAGCAGAUAUGGAUAUUAGAGAUUUGUUCCUUCUUUUUGGUGAUAUUGCUGGUGAAAGCGUUCAAUAUGGAUAUCAUUAUGAAUUGUGUAAUGCCAUGAAGAGUGGUAACACUAAUUUGGAUGAAGUUAUUUAUCAAAAUUUCCACAAUUAUUCUCUUAAUUUUUUCUACAAGGUAUUCGAAACCUCACCAUUGGAUUAUUACAAUGGAGCUAUUGGUAAUGAUAAUUAUGAUCCUUCACAAGGAGCUAAUGGUGGCAGAUCUUGGUGGUUGCAAACCUGUUCUGAACUCUCCUAUUUCAAUACUGCCCCACCAAAGAAUUUGCCAUCCAUUAGAAGUAGAUGGUUGGAUUUGGACUAUUUCUAUGACAAGUGCAAAAAGAUCUUUGGAUAUCCAAUUAAACCAAACACUGACUUUGUCAAUAACCAAUAUGGUGCCAAGCAAUUGUUGAAUACCACUACAGGAAGAACUGUCUUUGUCAAUGGUAGCCAAGAUCCUUGGCUUAGAGCUGGUGUUGAUAUUGAUCCAAAGAAAUUCAGUUUCUUGAUUGAAUGCAACAAUUGUGGACAUUGUGUUGACUUGAGAGGUUGUCCAAGUUGGGCUCAAAAUCAAGAAAUCAAUUAUAAGUGUGUUGAAAAUGGUAAUGAACAAGUUGCAAAGAUUAGACAACAAACUUUAGCAAUUAUGAAAGUUUGGUUCCACAUGUAA